UCUUCUCUCUUUCUCUCUCUUUCUCUCCUUAGUUUUCUCUUGUUCACUUUCCUCUCCUCGCGACACCAACAAAAACACUCGCAGACAACAACACUGUCUCUCUCUCUCUCUCCAAUUCUUGUCAUCCCACUUCGAGAAAGGAGGACCAUUUCCCAAAUGGAGGCACCGGAAUUCUUCCAGCCCGGCUUUUGCUCCCCCCAAUUUGCGCCUGAGAAGCGCCAUUCCCUUGACGGCAAAGCCUGCGGCGGCGGCGACAACCCCUUCAUGGUCGACGACCUGCUGGACUUCUCCACCACCGACGAUGCCAUCGUUGGCGGCGGCGGCGGCGGAGGUUGCGGUGACGGGGCAUUCGAUAACGUCACGGGGAGCUCCACCGACUCCAACGUCACCGCGGCCGUGGACAGCUGCAACUCCUCCUUCUCGGGCUACGACCCGAAUUUCACCGACGGCGGCAUCGGUUGCCGCAGUUUCACCGAGGGUCACUUCUCCAGUGACCUGUGCGUUCCGUACGACGAUUUAGCUGAGCUCGAAUGGCUCUCAAACUUCGCGGAGGAAUCGUUCUCCAGCGAAGACCUCCAGAAGCUCCAGCUGAUAUCCGGGAUGAAAGCCCGGCCGCACGCAGCCUACGAGACGACCCGCGAGUUCCAGCCCGAGCCCAAUCGGGGCGGCCCGAUAUUCCACCCCGACAUGUCGGUGCCGGCCAAGGCCCGGAGCAAGCGCUCACGGGCCGCCCCGGGCAACUGGGCUUCUCGCCUGCUCGUGCUCUCCCAGGCCGACCCCUCACCCGAGGACGAAGCGGCCGUUGGGGGCGGCGGCGGCGGAAGCAUGGGAUCCCCACGGCCCAUCGGGGGCAAGAAGACCAUCCGGGCUGCGCCGAAGAAGAAGCAGCCGCAGCAGGGGCUCGAAGGGCCGGACGGGGCUGGCGGGGAGGCUCGGAAGUGCCUGCACUGCCAGACGGACAAAACGCCACAGUGGCGCACGGGGCCCAUGGGGCCGAAGACCCUGUGCAACGCGUGCGGGGUGCGGUACAAGUCGGGCCGGCUCGUGCCCGAGUACCGGCCCGCGGCGAGCCCGACCUUCGUGCUCACCAAGCACUCCAAUUCGCACCGGAAGGUGCUGGAGCUGAGGCGCCAGAAGGAGCUCCAGAGUGCUCAGCAGCUCCACCAGCAGCAGCGGCAGUUCCUCCAGAGUCAUCACCAGAACAUGGUCUUCGACGCAUCCAACGGCGAGGAUUACUUGAUCCACCAACAUGUGGGGCCGGACUUCAGGCAGCUGAUGUAGCAGAUAACUUAGAGCGACUCUAGUGAAGUGAGUUUUUAAGAAUUCUUUAAGUUGCUAAGUUCAUUUAGUUCCUAACUUUGAUUAUUCUCGAACUGCAGACUCUUUUUUUUCACCCUUUUUAUAUUUUUUUUUGGGGCUUCAUGCUCUCGAGAUUAGCUUUUUGCUAAGCUAGAAAUUACUCUGCAAACCCACCUUUUUUUUUAUUGAUAAAUUCAAGUCGUUUUAAAUUUGAAUUUCUUGCUUUUUGUUGUUAGGGACACACGAAGGAUUGCGUGUAAAGUGCAGUAGAUUGCACGAAA